GGCCGGCGCAGGCGGUGGGGCCUGUGCGGGGCCGGGCCCCGCGCCCCAGCUGCUCCCCACCGCGCCCCCGCGCGUCCUCGCGCGCCAUGCCUCCCCCUGCGCUGCUCUGCGCGCUUUGCUGCGGCCUCUUGGCCGUGGCCGCCCGCGCCGGCUACUCGGAGGACCGCUGCAGCUGGAGGGGCAGCGGCCUCACCCAGGAGCCCGGCAGCGUGGGACAGCUGGCCCUGGCCUGUGCGGAGGGCGGGAUCGAGUGGCUGUACCCCGCCGGGGCGCUGCGCCUCACCCUAGGCGGCUCCGACCCCGGCGGGCGGCCGAGCAUCGCCUGCCUGCGGCCGGCGCGGCCCUUCGCAGGAGCCCAAGUCUUCGCGGAGAGGGAGGGAGGCACUCUGGAGCUGCUCCUGGCCGAGGGCCGAGGCCCGGCCAGGGGCCGAUGCGUGCGCUGGGGUCCUCGCGAGCACCGGGCCCUCUUCCUGCAGGCCACUCCACAUCCCGAUAUCAGCCGCCGCGUGGCUUCCUUCCGCUUCGAACUGCGGGAAGACGGGCGUCCAGAACUGCCUCCGCAGGCCCAGGGACUUGGUGCAGAUGGUGCCUGCAGACCCUGCAGUGAUGCUGAGUUCCUUCUGGCUGCAUGCACCAGUGACUUUGUGAUCCUCGGAACCAUCCAUGGGGUAACCCACGACACAGAGCUGCAGGAGUCCAUUAUCACCGUGGCGGCUGUCCGUGUCCUCCGCCAGACGCUGCCGCUGUUCCGGAUAGGGGGCCCUGGGGCCCAGGUGCAGGCCUCCAUUCGCACCCCACUGCGCUGUGGUGUCCGCCCCGGCCCUGGCAUCUUCCUCUUCAUGGGCUGGAGCCACUUUGGUGAGGCCUGGCUGGGCUGCGCCCCCCGCUUCCGGGAAUUCAGCCGUGUCUAUGCAGCUGCCCACACCAACCACCUCCACCCCUGUGAGGUGGUGCUGGACUGAGGGGCCUGGGAACAGGAUGCUGGGAAGGGGCUGGGAGGAGGGUGGGGGGAUGCCUCCAGAUGGCAUCACGGUACCCACUGCCUCUGCUGUAACAGCAAUAACCAAUAAGAACACUGA